GGCAAAGAGUUCCAAAUACUUCCUUAAAGCUGGCCAGAGUCCCAGUGCUGAGUCAAAGCUGUGAUUGCCACAUUAACUGUAGUGAAGAAUAAGCAUUAAACAGUUAAAACUGCCCUGAUGUGCUACUAAGUAACAGGCUGGGGAUCGGCCACGCCUGGCAAUGGGGACUGUAUCUGCAACGGCGGCCUGACCUACGUGGGACCCACGCACGCGCCUGUCACGGGUGGUAACGGCACAUUGAGUAGGUCUGGCUGGAACAGGGUGGCUGAGAGGAGCAGGGAGCUGUCUGAAGAUGUAGUGAACCGAAUGAAAGAAUCCCCUCAAAGUAAAAGGGACAACCAGAGAUCGCCCCAUUCAUCCAAUGGCACAGGUCCAUCUUCAUCAGCUGCAGAAGGGAAACCCAAAUCUCCUACAGGAAUCCAGCCACCAAUGGCGAGUGACUCUGGUCAGAAGUCUUCUGCUGCAGAGCAGGAACUGUAUAGGAGGUAUGAGCAAGAGCAGGCACUGGUCCAAGAGGAGUUGCUCCGGCUCGCCAAAAGAGAAAGGGAAGCAGCCAGUGAGGCCUUGAAUACUGCUCUUCAGCGGGAAAGGAGCACCACUAAUGAAGAGAGGCAGAGAGUGGCCCAGCUGCCUGCAGAUUUGGAUGCCUGGGCUGUGGAGCUGCAAGGCAGGGAGGCAGAGUUGAAGCGGCAAGAGGCCUUCUAUAAAGAGCAGUUGGCCCGCAUUGAGAGGAAGAAUGCAGAGAUCUACAAGCUGACAUCCGAGCAGUACCAGGAGGCAGCCACCAAGGCAGAGGAGUGGAUAAAGAGGAGGAACACUGAUCCUGUCUGUGCAAACCUGCAGUCUGAAAUUCUGAAGUGCUACCAAGAAAACAAACAUGAAGUGCUCAAGUGUUCGGAGCUGGCUAAGGAAUAUCAGCGCUGUGUUAGUGCAGCUCAGAAGCAUCUUCUGCUGGUGAAUAAUUACCGUACCUCUGUGGGGUUGGAGCUGUUAGUAAACUCUGGAUAAACAUCAGCCACCAAAAAGCAGAGGACAGGGACCACAGACGCCCUUGGAAGCCCCAGCAUCCUUCUGGAUAGACACUGACCAAAACUGGUGCCUUUGGCCCUUCGCGGUCCAAGACAGUGACGUGAUUCCUCUUCUAAUUGCCUGCAUGUAUCAGUCUCAGUGGAUGUUCCUGGAGUUGGAAGGGAGGGUCCUGGGAGAGGGGGAUGCUGUCAUUUCUUUUUUUAUUGUAUUACAAUGUAAAGAACCAGAUUGACUCCAGGUGCUUCCAGCACAGCUUGUGGCUUGGAGGCUAACCCAACACGAGCCUGGCUCACCCUGUGCUAGCUUUGGUUUCACCAAUCCACAUCUGAGUCUCAAGAGCUGUUAUCUUUGUCCGUUUGCUCUGGAGAAAGGGGGUCCAAAGUAUUUGGAAGUAACCCUGACUAGCUUGUUAGGAUUAACUGUUCCUAGCGUGCUCCCAUUGGUUACACCAGCAGGCGUGUUUCUUCCCUUCCAGGGUUCCCUCCUAAACAAUAAAGUGUUUAAUGGUCA